UAACGAGUAUGGACGCGAUCAAACCAGUACAGACUGUCGUGCUUCCCUGCGACGUAUCCUCCAUAUCUUUUAACACGCCAACCUCCAACACAACGACGCCAGUGAUCAGCGACCCCUCGACCCUCUCUGCCCUGCAAAAAGCCUCUGAUCUAAUCCAAUCCUCGUCCCUCGUCGUCUUCCCCACCGAAACCGUCUAUGGCCUCGCAGCCAACGCACUCUCCCCCACCGCGACCUCGCUCAUCUUCCAAACCAAAGGGCGCCCGCAAGACAACCCGCUCAUCGUCCACAUCUCCUCCCUCUCCAUGCUUCCCAGACUCAUCGCACCCGAUUUCCAAAUACCUCCCAGCUACAAAGUGAUGAUGGAAGAGUUUUGGCCGGGCCCACUCACGCUCUUAUUCCCUUGCAACAAAUCGGUGGUGCCGCGUGAAGUAACGGCGGGACACGACACGGUCGGUAUUCGUAUGCCAAGUCACCCAGUCGCACGAGCGCUGAUUGCGAUGAGUGAUUUGCCCUUGGCGGCGCCGAGCGCGAAUACGAGUGGACGUCCGAGUCCGACGCGCGCGUCGCACGUGGCGGAUGAUCUGCAGGGUAAAGUAGCGCUCGUGUUGGAUGGUGGGCCGUGUGGUGUUGGAGUGGAGAGUACGGUCGUGGAUGGGUUACGAGGGGAUGGGCAUGUGCGGGUGUUGAGGCCUGGAGGAGUUACUGUCGAGGAUCUCAAACGGGUGCUCAAGGGUGUGAAGAGAGUGAGGAGGGACGAGGUGGAGAAGGGCAACACACAUGGGGACGAUGGCGUGGCUUAUUCCGCUUCUUUGGGUUCCAAACAGGGUGGGGGAGAGGCAAAUGGUGAUGAUAUUAAAGUGCUGGAGGGGUUCAAGGGCUGA